UUCAACCUGCAGUUUCGCCUUUCGCUUACCUUCUAUACAUGUAGAGGCAAUAUUUAUGAAUAAGAGAAUCAUGGGGAGAGCUCCGUGUUGUCAGAAAGUGGGAUUGAAGAAAGGUAGAUGGACAGCAGAAGAAGAUGAGAUACUGAAAAAGUAUAUUCAAACUAAUGGAGAAGGGUCCUGGAGGUCACUUCCCAAGAAUGCAGGGUUACUGAGGUGUGGAAAGAGCUGUAGACUGCGAUGGAUAAACUACCUGAGAACCGACUUGAAGAGGGGCAACAUAUCUGCAGAAGAGGAAGACAUCAUCAUUAAGUUGCGUGCUUCAUUGGGAAACCGGUGGUCGGUGAUAGCAAGCCAUAUACCGGGAAGAACAGACAACGAGAUAAAGAACUAUUGGAACUCCCGUUUGAGUAGAAAAAUCCACACUUUCUGGAGGCCUUCCGGCAAAACAGUAGGGCUUAUAUCAGCUGACGUAGCCAAGCUUGACUUUCCAACGAAAAGGAAAGGAGGCAGAACUAGUAGAUGGGCAAUGAAGAAAAACAAAAGUUAUUAUAUCCAAAGAGAUUUAAGUGAUUCCAAAAAGCGACCAAAAGAAACUGUUUCUGUCGACGAAGUUAUGCCCUUGCCAGCCACAGAGAAAGAGACUUGGCCUUGUGCCCAGGAAGGCUGCUUGGUGUUGAAUCCAUUUGAAGGGCUUGCUUUGGCAAGUCCUUAUCAAGAGACUGCCGCACAGGAAAUGUUGUGUUCUAGUGAGGAGAGAGAAAGGCAAGUAUUAAACCCUACAGAAGACAUAACCAUCUGUAAUUCAGAGUUGCACGCCAGUGGUAAAGAGAAAGAGACCGAAAAUUUUGGACUAUAUGAAAGCAUUGAUGGUGAGAUGCUGUGUUUUAAUGACAUUAUGGACGAUGGACUACUGGAUCCAAAUGGGGACUUGACCUUGAGUGCAGUGAGAGAAAAUAGUUUAAUGGAUCCGAACUUCAAUGGGGAGAUAGAAAACAGAAACUUAAGUAGUACUGCUAAUCUAAGUGCAAAUAAAGAAGGUGACUGGUACAGUAGUUCUUCAUUAACUUCAUGUUUUGAUGACAGUAAUAAUGAUUGGGAUUCGGAAAAUGUUGCUCUAGGGCAUGAUCAGCAAUUUGAUGAAAUUAUAUCUUGGUUGUGGGAAGAAGAGAGUAGCAAGUUUGAAGAUAUAGAUCAUGAAAAACAAGAUGCAAUGGUUGCUUGGCUUCUUUUAUAGAUGAUCCAUCUUUAUUUUGGGUGGUUUCUUUUUUCGUUUUUCAUUGUUUUGUAUUAUUGUGUUAUGAAGUUGAUUGUGAGAACAGUAGGUGGAUCAUCAAAUCAAUUUUUAUUAUGCUAUGAUUAUGAACCCAUCAAUGUCUUGUGGCCCA